AUGUGGAGGAAAGACAGACCAUUAGAAGAUAACCACAAUAAUAGAACCGUGUUCGGCGGCGGCGGCGACGACGACGACGACGACGACGACGCACGAAACUACGGCAACGCACGAAACUACGGCAACGGCAAAUACAAAGACAUAGAGGUCAUCGCGAGUGCCUUCCGGAAGAGCAAUGGAACGUCGCCGUCAACGUCCAUACGUAUUCGGGGGAUAUCGCCGCAGUAA